UCCAGUCGCUACAACCUCCCCCCCCUCCCCCCUCCCCAGAAAACGAGGCAUUUUUUCGGACUAAAAUUGUGAUUUUUUUUUUUUUUUAAAGCCCGCCUCGCCAUUUGUGCGCCCUGCCGAGAGUGUCAAGAAGACAGAUGCGACCGUUUUCAGUGGAUUUGCCUCCUCCUGUCGAAUAAUAACGAUGCGCCUCUCCGGCUGACUGUGGGGUGGACAACGCAGGUUAUGUGGCAGGAGUGCAGGGGAGAAGCUGGGGCUAAGUGAAAAUGCCACUCAUUCCUGAAGAGUCCCUGGCCUCGUCAAGGUCCCCCAUUUGAGAUCUGGAAAGCUUAAAGGCGCCACUGACAGAACCACUGCAAGGCCUACGACAGACAUCCCAAACAUCCACAGCCACGGAAUGUGUCAACAUCUUUGUGGUGAAAUCCUGCUGACUCCUCUCUUGCUACUCACAUAAGCCUGGAUCUAGGCCUUCUGGGAUCCUACGGUCUUUAAAGGCAUACAACAAUGCCUGGAAGGCCAACCUGCCCCAGUUUGCCUCAAACAAUGGUUGCUGUUUCACCACAACGCUGACUUUGCCCACUACAUAGAGGGAUCACAUCCAGCCAGUGCAUCCGACGGUCCCCUGCAGGCUAACUCUGCGGAGUUGCCUGCCCUCUUUUUGGUAUUUAGGAAGUACAUGCCACUGUCAGACAGAUGACCUAGUGGACAUUUGUUUCCCAGUAACAGUGCUGAACCAUACGAGGGGAUCCUAGUAUUGAACAUGACUCAUGGGGAGGAGCCUGGCCCUGAGACACACAAGGAUUCAGCUGUUCUAACUUAUCUGGAAGGUUUACUGAUGCAUCCAGUGGUAGCCGGGCCUGGGGCCACGGCAAGUGGGAGGUCUGAGGCUGCCCACAGCAACCAGGAACAGAGUGAAAAGGUGGGUGGGCCCUUCCAACUGCCCAGCCAUGGCCCCACAGCACCCAAGUCUGGAACAAAUGGGCCAACUCUAGGUUCUUCACAGCACCUGAAGAAGGCCCGCCUGCUGCGCUCUGGAGCCUGGAAUGAUCCAGUGAACCAGCAGAAGAGUUCACCCUCAAUAGAGCUAAAUGGACAAGGGGGUGGCCUGCAAAAUGGAGCACUAGAGGGAAAUCCUCAUGCUGGGGAGAGCACAUUGUUGGCUUCCUUGCUGCAGUCAUUCAGUUCAAGGCUUCAGAGUGUGGCAAUGUCUCAGCACUCCAAUAAACCCCCCAGCGAGUGUUCCUCUCCCUCCAAGGCACCACCUGCAGAAAAAGAGCCACUUCCUGUCUAUGGGACAGCCUCAAGCCGCUUGAAGGGCCUAAUGAGGAAGAGUAAACUUCAAAAUCACAGCAACACACCUUACAGUCGCAGGGGACAUAGUCAGGACAGACCCCCAGAAUCGCCUCGGUCAGCACACAGUGCCACCCCUCCGUCUGCGCCAACAGCUGCUGAAUCAGUGUCCUGCGCAGAGCGUCUGAAGGCAGUGGCCAACAUGGUAAAAAUCCGUUCUAGUCCAGCACCUUCACCCAAGCCCAGUGUAGCCUGCAGUCAAUUGGCUCUGCUACUUUCCAGUGAAGCCCAUCUCCAGCAGUACUCUCGAGAGCAUGCACUCAAAGCCCAGCUCUCUGGAAGAUCUGCCAGUGAAAGGCUAGCUGCCAUGGCAAACCAGCAGUAUGGCCCUGACACAAGGCCACCUAGUGUCGGAGGGACCCCACCGAGAGUCCCAGACACACAUAACUCCUUAAAAUCCCCAAAUGGAAUGACAACAACUUCAACAACAAGUACACUCCCUCGAACAACCCUCUCCAGUCCACAGAGCCCCUCUUUGCUGCGUGGCCACAGCCAAAGCUCCCCACCCACACCCCCACAUGCUCCAAAUCACACUCACAGCCAACCACUUAAGGAGAAGCGAGGCUUUGACUCGCGUCCAACCCGUCCCCCCCAGACUUGCAGCAGCUUGUUGCUGCUGCUACUCAAUAACCACAACAAUCAGAAGCAGCUGACAAAGAAUGGGCAUCUGGAGGACAGCUGUGGAAUUCUGCCACCAAGUGGCUCCUCUUCAGUCACAUCGGACAGCGAAUGCUCUACCCAGGAGAGGAGCCUGACCAAGGACAGCAGUGAUGCAGAGAGUUCCUACUCAAGCUGCUCUCCUAUUGACCUAUCCAUGAGAAACCGGGCCAAUACACAAGAGAUGGGGCCCAAAACUCACUCUUCCUCCUUCUCCUCUUCAACCUCUACCCUCUCUUCUACAACCACUGUGUAUUCCUCCGUCCCAGUUGCAUUUUCCCCUCAAGUUUCUGCUCAACCCGCCACCACAAACUUUUCACCAUCCUCUACUGUUGUCUCCUCUGUUUCAACUGCAAUUUCUUCAUCCUCCUCCUCCUCUUUGUCUACAUCCUCACUGGACAAACUAACAGAAUCUUUAAUAAACAAGUGGAAGCCAGAGUCAUCAGGAUCAAAGGUGCCCAAGAACAAGGAGCCUGAAAGGAGCCCUGACCCAAAAUCCCACCCUAAGCUCACACUCAUGCAGCUGCUUCUUGAACGAAGAAAUCACGAGAUGGUGAAUAAAAGUGCAGUUAGCCAGGAUUUGCCACUUGAUAUAAGUAUGGCCGCCAUGUCUCAAGGCCAACCAAAGGGACUGGUACCCUGGGAAGAGACUAGGACAAAAAGCCCCCUAGAUAGACCUUUAGCCCCAGCCCAGCCCCUUUACCCACUUAAUCGAGAUCCUGGUGGAGCACUAUCCCCAUACUCCUACCCCUCUCCACAUGUCCAGUCUAGCCCACUGGAUUUGUGUAAAUCUAAAGCCUUCCCUGCUGAAAAGUCUUCAGAGCCUGCUUUCAGUGCCAGUAAACUGUUACAGAAUCUGGCUCAGUGUGGUACCGCUUCUUCCUCACCACCCAUCCCCUCCAGUGGGGUGAGUCCGGAGCUAGAUGCCAGUAGGCCGCUUGCCCUAUUGGAAAGGCUUAAUGCUCCAAUCCACAGGACCACCACGACUCCACUCUCAGAUGGACCCUCAGGCAGUGGCACGCCUUUAAGUCAGAAGGAGGCCUCUCCUCCAUCCCAAAUUGAGAACCUUUUAGAGAGGCGCACUGUGUUGCAGCUCCUGCUAGGAAAUGGCACAGCUACUCCCACAGUCAGCCGCAAAGAAAGGCCAAGUGGUUGUGGCAGAAGGAGUGUAGAGAUGGCUGGAGGGAGCUACGAAAAGAUCCCCGGUGCACCCUUUGUCUGUGACAGCUCCAAUGGGCCCCCUUUGGACGUAAAGGUCAAAACGGAGAUUCUGGAGGAGGUGGGACCAUCCUCAGCCAUGUCUGAGGAGUCAAGUGGCAGGAAGAGACCUAGCAGUUAUGAGAAGAAUAGCCCCCUGUCAGAUUCUCAGCAGGACUUUAAAACAGAGCCUCGGCCUACAGAGGUCAUAGCAAAAUAUGGCCUGCUCAGCCAGUUGCUUAAACAACAGACUGCUACCUACUAUACCAGUGCUGCUAUGCAGGCUGAGUCACAGCCCAGACAGGUUAAAGAGGAACAGAGGGAGUAUCCUAGCCCAAGUCCUAAGAAGAGACGCCUCUGCAUUGAUCGGACUGAUUGUUUAAGUAGUAAGAGCUCUACAAGUGCAAUGGACAGUGGUGACACACACAUUUUUGCAUCUCCUCCUGUUCAGGAAGAGCCCGAGCAGCAGAGGAUUCUGAAGGAAGAAGUUGCUCCACCCAGGAGCCCACCAAGUGAAGCCCUCACCAGAGAGAGCCGGGGCUUCAAUGUGCUCAAACAGCUGCUGCUCUCGGACAACUGCCUGAAGGAACUGUCCCAGCAACCCAGAGGGACACCCAGUCCCUCAGUCCUGCAAGCCAAUGGCAAGGCCAAUGGCAGCAUUCUUAAUCAGCCUUCCCAUAAUCACAGCUUCCUCCACCUCUCAAGCUGGCACCCCCAUGGCUCCCUCAACUCAGGGCUUCCGAGUAAUCUCAGACCACUGCCCACACCCCCUCAAGGUGACAGCCCUGUACGCACCCCCUGGAGCCGCCACCCCGCUCCAUGGCCAGUGACUCAAAAACGGGACCCCCCUACUCUAGUCAAACAGGAGCCUGAGAGCCCUGUGCGAUGGAGUAGUCAGGAGGAGGAGGAGGACGAUGAGGGUUGUGACUCUAACCUGGACUCUCCACGGCUCUCACGGUCCAACCCAAUCUUGUAUUACAUGUUGCAGAAGGGCAGCCUUCAGCUGAGGAAGGAGGUGAGGGAUCAGGCGGAGGGAACCCAGUCAGUGGUCAGAGUUAAAGAAGAGCCAAUCAGUGACAUGCAUGCUUAUGAACACAGUCUGAGCUCCACCCCACAAUCACCAACCCACAAUGACAAGCACAGCCAUGAGAGCCAGGGGCUGAGCCAAUCAUCUGAAUAGAAGUUGUAUCAACUGCAGAAAAAAAAAACUAAAUGGAACCCAAAAUCAUUGACUCUUUUUUUCCUUUUUUUUAAUAACUUGCCAAAUUGGUUAGAUGAUACAAAAAUAAAGUUGGAAAAAAUGUUUUUUUUAAAAGUGGAAUAGAGCAAGUUCAAAUUCAAAGGCAUACUUAAAAUGCACAAGUGCUUUGGUUUGUCAGUUUUUGAAUAGUGAGGUCAUGAAAUGAUUCAAAACAGUCCCAUCUUAUCAAAAUGUCAAAUUGAUUCAUGGAAACCAACACAACCGAUAAAGUUUGACCUUUCCCUAUCAAUAACUUGCACAAUAUAAUUCAUUUUGUCAAUAACGAAGUCCUCCUUUACAAUUUGGUCUUUUUUACACUUAUUAUUUAUAUCUGAAUUGUACACAUAUCACUAUUCCAUGUCCUCUUUGUUGCCCACCAUAAAAAAUUUAGAAAGAACAUUUCCAGCCCCAUUUAUUAUUGAUGACUCCAAAAAUGUUAGUGCUGAGUUCAGUGGACAUUUAUUUAUUUUCUCCAUCAGAACAUUUGCAGAUAGACAACUUCCCAUCAAUUUUAGAUAAGAUUCCAAAUAAAAUCAUUGUGGGGCAGACACAGUGGUCUAUCACAACAACGUACACGAUAAAUUCAUUCAAAGGAGGACCUUGAAAAUAAUGUUCACACUGCAGUAGCUUCAGUGAGGAUCCAACAUGAUGAAUGCUUUGUCUUGCUUUUCCUCCAGAUUCAUGUUGUGGUAUAGUAACCAAUGGAGUAAGAAUAUAUCAAUGGAGAUUUGAAUGGUCACACAUCAUUGGAUUAUGCUUUUUUGAAUUGAACGUUUGAGGGCGAUAUUUGAUGGUGCAAAUUCAGGGUUAACUUUUUGCAAACUGUGCAGUUUUGAGCAGAUGGGUCAACACUGCAUGUGUGGUUCUUACAGUUGAGCAACUGUAUUGAGACAGGUUUCUAGAGCAACAGAAGGCCGCAGUGUCUGAGUAACUUAUCUUACCACCCUGGAUAAACCGACACAACCUUGCUUCAUGCACACAAAAAACGGAGUUUAAAGCCAUGGCUUUUUGAAUACAUUUCAAUUAAAAGAGCACCCAGAGUUUGCAUUAUCGAAGCUGAGCCCUCAGUGUCCUUUUCAGAAUAAUUUAACGGCAUGUUUUUAAAAAAAUGUCAGUAUUGUUAUCUGUUGAGAAUUUGACAGUUUGUGAUCUUUUUUUGAUAAUUUUUUAACUGUUGUGGUUUUUCGGACAUCUUUAAUUUCCGUGGCAGUCUCUUAACCCAUAAAAAUGUCAAAAGAAUUGCAUGAUAACUAAGAGAAGACCCACUGGUACAUCUUUGUUUUCAAAGCAGCUGGAUACGUGUACCUGCCCCCCAAUAAUCACCAAGACAGGUUGGUGUCUUGAGGGAUAUCUGCUAUCUAGCUCCUUAUUUUGAUUGUACUGUUAAGUUCACACAUUGCUUUAUCCAUUUAGUCUUGUGAUCUUUUUAAUACAUAUACCCAUGGAGUACGUCUCUUCGAUUAUUAAUACAUUUUCACAAUGGUUAAAUAUAUUUGUGUAAAUAGUACUUUCAGUAUGAAAGAUGACUAUUUUGUAAUGUUUAAGAAAAGAUAUUACCCUAGUUUUUAAUGCCCUGAUAUGUAAAUAUGAAUUAUAUGCGUACAAGUGUACAUACAAAGGCAGAGGAUGCUAUGCCCAUCUUUUUUCGGUUGGUUUGUUCUUUGCAUGUGUCUCUAUGUGGUAAAUGAUAAUCUAUCCUGCGCUGUGUUGUGUAAUAAUGUCUGACUCUCCUCACUGCUGCCUGUUGCAUGCAGACGCAUGGGAACUACCUGUGUAUCCCUACUGGUGAUGGGGGAAAAUGUCAAGUCUUAAAAUAGGUCUUUUUUUAUCACAGAGAGAGGUUCGUUUAGAAUAUGAGCAGUCCCUAAAUAACCACAGACUGUUGAGCAAGUUGAUUCAAAUGUGUGAAAAAUAAACGUGCAUUGAAUAUUUUUGUGAUUUUCUUUUCUGUUACUGGUUAACAAAGCUCUGUGAAAGAGCUCGGGGGCUAUAGUGGGGGAUUGACGUACAAUCAUAGAUCUGCAUUGUGCAUCUAAAUACAUUUGUAGCAGCAAAUAUAUAAAAAAAAAAAAAGGUGUUUCAUUUUUUUCAUGUGAAGACCUGAAACAUUAUUUCAUUUUUUAUGUUUUCAUUUUUGGUGUUCAUUUGCACUGAUAUCUCAGAAAUAAAGUACUAAAAUGCA